CCGAGACUGACGUAUAAUAAAUAGUGUCAUUCAGUUUUAAUUUUGUGCAUCUUUUCUUCAAUCGUUGAGCCCUAUACUUAAGCUUAACCGGCCCCGGCCUCGUUGUCUUCGUAGCAAGUUGCCUUCUCAUUCUCUUUUUUGAUGAUGCGUGUCUUCCAUAUGUUGUGCUCAUGAAGCUUACGACUCACGUCUUCAUGUUCAUCUAAGUGCCCUGUAUCUAAUCAAUACACUUCUCCAGGUCGACUUUAUCUGCAUGGGCACGAACGUGAAGCGGUUGCAGCAGGCAAAAUCGUACCUCGGGUCCGUAUCAGGGAACGUAUUGCUCAAGAGUCGCUACCCGAUGGUAAUCGCCCGCUACGACGAAGAUUUCGAGUCCGUAAUCUCGAACGCGUCCAGGGCCAAGGUCAUGUUUCCCGACAAGCUGGAAACCAGCAUUUUACCCAAGUCGUAAACAGCGCCGCGAUUCCUUGAAUAAAAAUCGCCCACCGGUACUGCGCACAGUGGGGGCGAUACUACUCACUCAAGAACUUUUGCUCUUACCUUGACAAUAUUACCUAUUUUCACGGUCGCGCUCAACAGCUCAAAGAAACUCAUUUGCUAGAAAUACGAUGAUCACUAAUAUCAGCCGCUCAGAAAUCGAAAUAAAACGAUGUCGAAGCGAAGUACACCACCCAGAGGCAGGAACUGCUCGAUGAGCAGAAAAGGAAUUUGAAAAUGCCAGUAAAUGUAUUUGUACCUAGAGUCUGUGUUUCAAAAAAGUACAGCGUCUACACCCUGCACAGCUUGCAGUUGCGGCAAUGUGCACCGUCGUGCUGCUACGCAUGCUUAGAGUACCCCAGUUUUCUCAACAUCAAGACACCGGUCACGUUUCCGCAGGAACGGAAUUUGACUCAAAGUCUGUGCCAAUAUCUCCGUCAAGGAAAAGGUAUGUCGAACGGGCGCGCGCCCUUCUUCUCGCGCUCGCCGACAUUGCUCGUCACUUAUCUGGCGACCCUGCGGGAAGUGACGCUUUUACGUUAGCACGACCCGAAUAGAGUUUAGGCGUUUUUUUCUGAGACAUCCAGCCGCAAGUGUAAGUGAUGAAACCUACUAGUCCUACCCCAGCAUCCUAUGAACAGAAGGAAAAGUAGCUCCUACCCCAGAAGCCGAGGUAUGCAACGUGCGUUCAUCGGCAGGACCACCGUACAGUAUUCCCUCCGCGACCAAUGUCAAUGCCACUUCCCAGAUAAUAAACGACGA